CGCAACCUCAUGGUUCCUAGUCGGAUUCACGAUGGGAACUCCCAUUUGACUAUCUUAUGUUCGACUUUUUUCCUCUUUCAAAAGAGCAUUAUUUUAGAUUAAUGACCUUUUUUUAGUUCAUUUUCUCCUGUUUUGGGUUGUUGGCUAUACAUUUUUUAUUCUUUUAUUGAUUUUCCUGGAUAUUAUAACGUGUAUCUUUGGCCUGUCACAGUCUACUGCAAGUGAUCAUUUUUAGUGCUUUUCCAAGUAUGCUAAAUAUUUAGAAUACUGACUUUAUUUAGAUCACGCUGCAUUUCUUAUUCUAUUUUUGCCAUAAUCUUUUGUUUUUCACUUAAGUCCCAUAAAACUCUAUUAAUGGCUUACAUUCAUUAUUUAUACUUAUCCUUUCCAUGAGGGUCUCUACAUUCCUUUUGCAUUUUUGUGUUUCUGUCACUUUCUUGCUGCCUGGAGAAUUCCCCUGAAACAAUCUCACUUUUGUUUGUCUGAAAAAGUGCUUCACAUUAAAAAUAUUUUUCAAAAACUUCUUUUGGAAAUAACUGAAAAACCCUCAGAAAAGCGGAAAGAAUAUUACAGAGAAAUCCUAUAUGUUCCACACCUAGAUUUAUUAUUUUUAGCGUAAUUGUUAUUAUAAUUUCCAGAACUAUUUCAGAAUAAUUUACAAAUAUCAUGUUCCUUUACCCUUUAAUAGUUCAGAAAAUUGUUCUUAAGACUUAAGAGAAUAAGGUAAUUCUCUUCUAUAGCACUUAUCAAAUUCAGGAAAUUUAAUACGGACACACUUGUCUAAACUAAUCUAACUCAUAUUCUAGUUUUAGGAAUCGUCAGAUGAAUGUCUUUUAUAAUAUCCCCCCCAAGGAUUAUAUCUUACUUUGGUUGUUAUAUUUUUUUCAGUCUCCUUGUGUCUCUUGUAGAUUCUUAGCCUUUGCUUGUUUUUCAUAUAGACAUUUUUUGAAGAUUAGAAGGUAGUUACUUUACAGAAUACUCCUCAGUUUAGGUGUCUUUGAUGGUUCCUCAUGAUUAGAUUCAGACUUUGCAUUUUUUGCCUGAAAUAAUAUAUAGGUGAUACAUUGUUAGGAUUUCGCUAUGGAAACACGUUGGGUCCACCUGUUCCUUGUUGGUAAUGUUCAUUGACUCAGUUAAGAUGUUGUCCAGUUUCUCUGCUGAUAGCUACUAUUUACUUCUGUAAUUUCUAAUUACUUUAUGGAUGGAUAGCUUGUAACUAUGUAACAUUCUGUUCCCUAUCCAUUCCUUCCCCCAUAGAUUUAACAUCUGUAUUGGUCAGGAUCCUGGCAGGACACAGAACACACCAGUAGUGUAGAUGGAGAACAUUAAUAUACAGAAUUGCUAACUAGUGAAAAGUGGAUAACUGCUAAAAGGAGAAGAAGAAAAAAGAAAAAGAACUCUAACAGAUCCAGAAGUAGCAAGUGAGGUGGGGGAGGGAAGGCAGCUACUGCCUCAUGGUUGAAGAACAGCACACACACUGAAGGGACUAAGGAUUUAGGAAGUACUUCCCUCCCUACAUCUCCCCAGUCCUGACACGCUCUCCCCUCCCACCCCUCCCAAAAAUGACUGAGCUCAGACUUUUUCAAACACGGUUUGCGGUGGGGGCGGGCGGGGGGAGUAUUGGUGGUGGCUGGUGAUCGGGGAAGAGCACAAGCCAGAGCUCGCAUAGAAGUGGCCACGAGGUGGCAAGAGUGGGUGUGGUCUGAGUGUGACUGUGGUUGGUCCACUGAGGUCAGUGUGAUGGGUCUACUGCCCUUCUACACAGCCCAUUGGCUCUCAGGCCAAGAGGACUGAAGACCCAGCGCAAGUGCCUUCCUGCUGCAAUCCUCACAAUGCCCCUCUGUCGCCCCUUACUGAUAAUGCUUCACACUGUCAGCUGCUGAGGAGAAAUGCUUACAGGGUGAGGAGGUGUUUGUAGCAUCCUCGGACAAACUCCACGGCAGAGGGGAAGGCCACCUCUGCAGGUUUGCGGGCAGGUGCUGAUGUGGUGACUGAUUGUUGCUAGACACACGAGUGACCUGUUUGUCCACUGAGGGGUGGGGAAUAAGAGGGGGGAGACUGUAUAUGAGCAUUUUCCUGCUCUUUGGUGCUUGAAGGCCUUGUGUACGACACUUCACAUACAUUGCCCCAACUCCAUAGAAACCCUGAGAGGUGAAUACUCUUAGCCACGUUUUAUGGAUGAGGAGACCGAGGCUCAGAGAAGUAGCUGAUCCACAGUAGUAGGUGAGCGGUGGGCCCAGAAUUAGAACCCUAGCCUGUCUGCCUCCAGCCCUUACUGGACUAUGAACGUUAGAUGACAUUUAAACGAAUGUGACUCUCUCAUAGGCCAGCCAUGUGGAUGCCUCCAGGGCAGAACCAAAGCUGGGUUUCUGAAUUUAUCCUGCGUGGCUUUUCCUGUGACCCCAUGUCCAACAGGAUCCUCUUCAUUGCCUUUCUUCUCCUCUACCUGAGCUCAGUCCUUGGCAAUGGGCUCAUCGUCAUCCUGAUAUGUCUGGACGUGAAUCUCCACACGCCCAUGUACUUUUUCCUCUGCAUCCUCUCCCUGCUGGAUGUGGGCUGUGUCACCACCACCGUGCCCCAGAUGUUGGUGCAUCUUCUCGCUCAAUCUCAGACCAUCGCCUUUGCUGGCUGCUGGCUACAAAUGUAUGUGUUUGGUACCUUGGGUCUGACCGAGUGCCUUUUGUUUGUGGUCAUGGCGUAUGAUCGGUAUGUGGCCAUUUGCUACCCCCUGCGUUACACUGUCCUCCUCAGCUGGGGCCUGUGUACACGGCUGGCUGCUGGGACCUGGGCCUGCGGUUUCUUCUCCUCUCUGAUCCAUACUUUUUCCACCAUGCGGCUGCCAUACUGUGGGCCCAACGUGGUCAACCACUACUUCUGCGAAGGUCCCUCAGUGCGAAGCUUGGCUUGCACGGACACCCACCUCAUUGCGAUGGUGGACCUGGUCAUCAGCGUCUUCAUGGUUGUUGUCCCCCUCUCCCUCAUUCUGGCUUCCUACAUCAGCAUUGUCCAGGCCAUUCUCAAGAUCAAGUCCACGCAGGCCCGCUGCAAGGCUUUCUCUACCUGUGCUUCCCACCUGACGGUGGUCACAUUCUUCUAUGCUCCAGCCACCUACAUCUACAUGAGGCCCAACUCCAGCUACUCCCCUGAGCGAGACAAGCAGAUCUCACUCUUUUACAAUGUCUUCACGGCCCUGCUCAACCCCGUGGUCUACAGUCUGAGGAACAAGGACAUCAAGGGGGCUUUCUUCAAAGUGAUGGGAAGGGGUAGAGUGGCCUGGUGAACUGGGAGACAGGAGGGGCCUGGGGUAGAACAUCCAGUCCUGUGAAAGGGGGACAGCAUACAUUUGAACCACCGUAGCGCUUGGCCAGUGGAACAAAGGUGGUCCAUGGAACCAACACGGCUGUCUUGAUCAACUUGCUAUAUUGUGUGCACUGAGGAACAACUCCAUAGCCUCAGUGGCUUACACAGCGAAAGUUCAUGUAUCGCUCAUGUUCUAUGUCAGUCGUAGGUAGCUUUCUGCCAUUGGAUUCUUGGAUGCAGCCUGAAGGAGGAGGCCCUGUCUGGAACAUGGCAGUCUUGGGACAGAGAGAAAGGAGCAGUGACCAAAAUACAUGAAGACUCUUAAAGCUUCUGCUCAGAAGUGACACACAACUCUUUGCUCACGUCCUUUUGGCCAAAGUAGGUCCUAUGGUCAAGCCUGAUGGUAAAAGGGCAGCACGUGUUUUCUUCCCAUGGAAAAGGAAUGCAGGUCACAUGGUGAUGAGUGUGGGUGUGUAUUCCCUCCACAGUGAGAGCAGCCAGUAAUGAAGGUGACAAUAUAAUCUACCACUGUGGCACUGGAACCAAUAGAAUACAUGUAACCCAUAGGGUAUAUGGUAACUGUAAGUGACAUGGUAUGCGGACACCGUUGACGGUCAAGGCGAUGUAGGCAAUCAUAGUGGUACAUGCCAUCAAUACAGAUCUGUAGCCACCAUUAAAACCUGAGCCAAUGCAUGGAACCAGUUUAACCCACAGACCUGACGUGGUGCGUGGAACCAGUGUGGUUCACGGGGCUGACGUGGUGUAUUCUGCACGGUCUUGUGGAAAGACCCCGAAACCUGACCCUGAGUGGCCUGGGUUCUAGUCCCAACCAUGCUAACUUGUUUUGGGGCUUUGGGCAAUUUACUUUCUUCCCCUGGAUCUUACUCAUCUGUGGAAUGACUGCCUCAAACUGAAUGGUCUCCGGGACCUCUGUAUCUCUAAAAUUCUAUGUCACGGUGGGUGGAGUGCAUGAAACUCAAGGGUAAUAAACUUGUGAAUCUUCUGUGAACCCUAAGAUGAAUAAGGGAACCAGGGAAGACUAAAAAAGUUGUGUAUGCACUGCCCAUUUGUAAACCAAAAGAGGCAGCACACACACCAGGGCCUUUUAUUCUUUCAAGGGACCUAAAUGACAUAUGAGGCUGGCUGAGAACUCUGGCGUAGAGUCUCAGAGUUAGCAUGGGCUUCCAGCUUUCUUUCAGACCUCACUGAUUGCCUUGUCUUGGAGAUGAGUCAAUUCAAUUCCAGUAUUUCUUGAGCAUCCGUUAAGCCCAACCACUAUCAGGCACUGUGGACUCAAGACAGGUACGUGGAAAGAUUUACAGUCAUGAAAUUAUACCAGCACAACCCAAGUAGAUGCCGUAAUGACCUGUGGGAAUGAUGGCCUCAUGGGAGGGAGAUCUCUCCGUGAGUGCCGGACGCAGAGGACCAAGCUAAACCUCCCCCACUCCCAUUCACUGUGUACCUCAGCACUUUGGAAGCUCUCCAGAGCUCAGAGUCUGGGAGAGGGAGAGGGAAACCAAAAGAAGCUUGAGAGUAUUCCUCCCACCCACCGUGGAAUGGUAGGUUGAAAUAGAAAUUAGGUUUAGUCACUGCGAGAUGAAGUUGCAGAACCCUCAGAAAACCAUGCACUGUGAUAAAGAAAAGUGGAGGGGGAAACCUGCUUACCAAGGGCUGACAGGUAAGGUCUUGGUGAUGAAUAGGAUUUAGCUGAUAUCUGAGGAUGAGAAAGAGUCACCCAAGCAAAGAGCCAGGAGAAAGGCAUUUAUGGUGAGAGGUCAUUAGAUGUCCACUUGUGUUUCUAGGCUUCCAUUCAGUCUUGCCAGGUUCUAAAAGCAAGAGUGACCUGAGCAGAAGGGGCUUCACCCUUCAAAACAUAACUCAGUAACAGUCAGAUGGAAGAGAUACAGAGCAGAGGGCAUGAGGGCGGGUGCAUGGAGCAUCCUUGCCUUUCCUGGGCAAGUGACACCCCAGGCACCUCUGAGUGUUCCCCAGGCUGGAGGUUCCCUGGCUCUUUCUUUCCCUGGCUCUUUCUUCAAACAGUGCCAUGUAGGGGUCUCUUCUUUAGAGGUGUUUUAAUGUAAGGAACCCUCCAGCUUCAGUCCAGGAUAAGGAGGAAGCAUGUGUGGUUGAGGGGUUCAUCCUUCGUUUCCCAGAUGUCUAUUGAUUGUCUUCAGUCUCACACCUCACUCCUAUCCUGUGUCUUAUUUAGUGUCCCUGAGUUCUGGGCUUCUCCCACUUCUCCAAGAGUAAGCCCCCAGCAUGGCAGAUGUUACAUGGCUGGUGCUGGGGUGUGUGGUUGAGACUUUCUGCAGCCCUAUUCCCAGUGCCCAUUUCAGUACCCUGCAUCCACCCCACUCUGUCCGGUGUCCUGACCUCCCUCCAGAGUUCUGGGAGGUGGGGCUCUCUGCCUAGUGGUGCCCCAGUGGCUCACCUUGUGGUUCCUCCAGCUUCUAAACACGUCUUCCAGUUUCUUGGUUGCUCAUGCUUCUCUCCUGUUUUCUCUGUUGAGGAUUUGUACCUUUUACAAAUUCAUUGAUUAUCCUUAAUUGGGGUCUGGAUUCCGAGGAGAUAUGGUAGGCCUUUAGUCUGCCAUUUUUAACUGUAAUUCUACCACUAGUUUACAGGAUUAAGAGUCUGAUCAGCGAACUUGGGCAGGAGGGAGAAAUAUGAGACUCAGGAUAGGAUAUGUCAGAGCUAGGCUUUGACAUCUCUUUGUUUAUGUGGGCGGCACACACCUUGGGCAUUCCAGACAAGGACUGCCAGCAUUGCUCAGUGGAUGUGAUACUUGCAGCGAUCACAUUUUAGCCUCGUGUGGAGUGAUGUCAUCGCAUGCCCCUGUGGUCUUCACAUUCCAGGCUGACCUAGAGAGGAGGGUGCAGGCAUGAGAAAGAAGCCUGUGGAGAAGGGGGAAGACCUGGGCUUGUAGGGACCUGGACUUGAAUCAGGCCCUGCUGCACUGUCCUUUCCUGCUGCCUAUAGUGGAGGCCUAUGGACCCUGGCCCCCUGGCAUGGAAGCUCCAUGCGGGUAAGUGCUGCUGCGCCUGUAUCCCCAGUACCUGGAACAGCAUGCAGCACACCCUUCAACUUUGCACUUAUUUGUUGAAUGAAAGAAUGGAUGUCGUUGAAGGAGUUACAUAGAAAUGAACCCUGAGAUCCAUCUCACAGAAGCUACACUGUGCAAUUAACUUAAAGGAUAAUCUUUCAGUAAAUGUUGCCAGGAGACCAGAGGCAGAGUGGUAUCCAUGGAGUGUGGUUUCCACAGUGUCCCAGUUUAGGGGUUUUCCCUGUGCAAGGGAAGGUCCUGCGAGGGGGAUUACAGAGCCCUAAGUUAAGUUGGGGCUGAUCAAGCCUCUUCCACCUCCACCACGUCACUCUGAAAUUCCAGCUUAAUUCCCUUUUAUGGUCACACAACCUCUGGAUCUAACGUUUUCUGGGCUUUUGCUUGUUUUUUUUUUAAUGAGAACAUAAGAUUUUUUUAUUUAAAAAAUUUUUUGAGUAUAAUUGGCUCAAAAUAUAUUAGUUUCGCAGCACCAUCUAUGGUCUCAUCCCCAGGUUUAUAAUGAUGAACAAGCUUGGCACAUUUCCAGACCCUCUGCAACUCUAUAGUGACGAGUGAUCUGGGGGCCCCCUCGGUUGGUUACCUGCAAGGACAAGGAGGGUCCCAGCAGGGCAGGGCUGACCAAGCUUGGUCUCACUUCUCACUCCUAUUAUGGCUGCUGGGCCUGCCACAAGCUGUGCUGGUCGAAGAUGUAACAUUUCUGCAUGUACACUUUGUAUCCACAGAAGCCAGGCCUUUCUUUUCUCUUUAAGAAAAUGAAGAAGCGUGAGUCAAAUUUCUUGUGCUUCAUAAUAUUUUUCUAAGUUGCUUAAUUAUCCAACUUGGAUGAUCAAUUACUUUAUUUCUUUAAGUUUUACUGAGAUACAACUGACACACAGCCCUGUAUAAAUUGAAUGUGUACAGAAUAAUGAUAUGGAGAUCAGGAAACGGUUGUUACAAAAAGUUUAGUGAACAUGUAUCACCUCAUAUAAAUUCAAAAGUAAAGAAAUGGAAAUAACAUUUUCCUUGUUGAUGAGAACGCUUAGGAAUUAUUCUCUUAGUAACUUUUACAUAUAACAUAAAGCAAUGUUAAUUAUAUUUAUUGUGUUGUACAUUACAACCCGAGCGCUUAUUUACCUUGCGACUUGAAGUUUGCACCUUUUGACUGUCUUCAUCCAAUUCCCUCUCCCCUCCCACCUCUGGUAACCACAAACCUGAUCUCUUUCUCUAUUUUUGGAGUAUAAGUGGCCCACAACUUUACCUUGGUUCCUAUUAGACAACAUAGUGCACCAAUAUUUACAUACAUUUCAAAAUGAUCACCAUAGUUACAACAUAUCAUUGCACAGAGAUAUUACAUAGUAACUGACUUCAUUUCCCACAUUGGUCAUUUCAUAACUGUAACUUACUUAUUUGGUAACUGAAAGUUUGUGCCUCUUAAUAUCCCUCACCAAUUUCUUUCCUCCUCCCCAACCCUCUCCUCUCCGGCAACCUUCUGUUUGUUCUUAGCACCUAUAAGUGCUUCUGUAGUGUUAUGUUUGUCAAUUUUUCUUUUGGUUCCACGUACAAAUGAGAUUAUACAGUAUUCGUCUUUCUCCAUCUGACUUGCUUCACUUAGCAUAGUACCAUGUAGGUCCAUCCAUGUUGUCAUAAAUGGCAAGAUUUCAUUUUUAAUGGCUGAAUAAUGUUCCAUUAUGUAUGGAUAUCUGUGUGUGCGUAUGUAUAUAUCCUAUAUAUCACAUCAGCUUUACCUAUUCAUCUAUUGCUUGUGUUGGUUCCAUGUCUUGGCUAUUGUAAACAAUGCUGCAAUGAACAUGGGGGUGCGAACAUAUUUUCUAAUUAGUGUUUUUUUAUUUUUCAGAUAAAUACUCAAGGGUGGGAUCCUGGAGGGUUUGGUAGUUCUACUUUUAAUUUUUGGGGGAAGCUCCAUACUGUUUUCCAUAGUGGCUGCAUCGGUUUACAUUCCCACUAAUGGUGUAUGAGGGUUCUGUUUUCUCCACAUCCUCACCAAAAGCUGUUGUCUUUUUAUGAUUGCCGUUCUGACAGGUGUGAGGUGAUAUCUGAAUGUGGUUUUUAAAAAUUACUCAAUGAAUUUUAUCACAUUUAUUGUUGUGCAACAAUCAUCACAACUAA